AUGCCUCACCUUCUUCGCGUCGUCGUCCUUGUUGGACUCCUCUCCCUGCAGCAGCCGUCCUGCUCCGCCGCCACGGACACGGUGUCACCCGGCAACGGGCUCGCCGGCAGCAGCAGCAGGCUCGUCUCCAACAACAGCAAGUUCACGCUGGGCUUCUUCAAGCCGGACAUCACGCCCUUCCACCACACCACCAGCAAUCCCAACACGUACCUCGGCAUAUGGUUCAGCAAGGUCCCGAAGCUGACCCCACUCUGGAGCGCCAACGGCGACAGCCCCGUGGUCGACCCCGCCAUACCCGAGCUCGCCAUCUCCGGCGAUGGCAACCUGGUCAUCCUGGACCAGACCACCAACUCCGUCAUCUGGUCCACCCGCGCGAACCCCACCACCAACGCCACCGUCGCCGUGCUGCUGAACGACGGCAACCUCGUCCUGCGGAGCUCCGUCAACUCGUCCGACGUCUUCUGGCAAAGCUUCGACUACCCGACGGACACCUUCUUCGCCGGCGCCAAGAUCGGCUGGGACAAGGCGACCGGCCUGAACCGCCGCCUCGUGUCGAGGAAGAGCCUGGUCGACCAGCGUCCCGGCCUCUACACCCUAGGGUUCGACCGCGACGACGGCAUCGGGCGGCUCGUGUGGAACUCCACCGUGGAGAUCGUGUCCGCGGGGAAGUGGAACGGGCAGUACUUCAGCCUGGCGCCGGAGAUGAUUGGGCCGGUGCUGCCGGCGUUCACGUUCGUGAACAACGACCAGGAGGUGUACCUCACGUACACGCUGCGCGACGAGACGGCGAUGGCGCUCACGCAGCUGGGCGUCGACGGCCAGGCCUUCGUGGGCGUGUGGAUGGAGGAGCUGCAGGACUGGCUGGUGCACUACAGGCAGCCCGUGCACCUGUGCGACACCUACGCCACGUGUGGGCCUUUCACGGUCUGCGACGACACCGCCGACCCGAUCUGCGGCUGCAUGAAGGGUUUCUCUGUCAGCUCGUCCGUGGACUGGGAGCUCGGGGAUAGGAGAGACGGGUGCGUCAGGAACACUCCGUUAGACGACGUCUGUGGAAGCGGCGGCGGCGGCAGCAAGACGGCGGCGGCUCCCACGGAUAGGUUCUACGCCGUGCAACGCGUCAGGUUGCCCCAUGGCGCGGAGACAGUGCAGGCUACGACGAGCGGAGACGAUUGCUCACAGGUCUGCCUAGGCAACUGCUCCUGCACUGCGUAUUCCUAUGGGACGGGAGGCUGCUCUGUCUGGCAUGGCAAGUUGACCAACGUGAAGCAGCAACAGUCUGACGGUUCAGAUGAUGGAAAUGGGGAGAUGCUUUACGUCCGCCUCGCUGCAAAAGACGUGCCAAGUGCGGCGAGGAAGAAGAAGAAUAGUGGAAUCUCCAUUGGUGCAAGCGCUGCAGUCUUCGGGCUCAUGGUGCUUGCUCUGAUGAUGAUGGUCUGGAGGAGGAAAGGGCAGUGGUUUUCUUGCAGUCGCACGCCGGGAAAUGCUCGAGGUGGCGGCAUUGGGGUAAUUGCAUUUCGAUACGCCGAUUUGCAGCGCGCGACUAAAAACUUCUCUGAAAAGUUAGGGGGAGGCGGUUUCGGCUCCGUGUUCAAGGGGUACCUGGGUGACUCUUUCACCAUGGUGGCAGUGAAGAGGCUCGACGGCAACCAUCAAGGAGAGAAGCAGUUCAGGGCAGAAGUGAGCUCGAUCGGAAUCAUCCAGCAUAUCAAUCUAGUCAAACUGAUCGGGUUCUGCUGCGAAGGCGAUAAGAGGCUACUCGUGUAUGAAUACAUGCCAAAGCACUCCCUUGAUGUUCUUCUGUUCAAAAAGGCCAGUAGUGAUACAGUCUUGGAUUGGAGCCUCAGGUACCAAAUAGCCGUUGGAGUAGCCAGAGGCCUAGCCUACUUGCACACUGGUUGCCGGGACUGCAUCAUACACUGUGACAUCAAGCCAGAGAACAUACUCCUCGACGCGGCGUUCGUGCCUAAGAUUGCGGAUUUUGGGAUGGCAAAGGUGUUGGGAAGAGAAUUUAGCCAUGCGAUAACUACGAUGCGAGGAACCAUCGGAUACCUUGCACCUGAAUGGAUUGGCGGAGAAGCUGUCACAUCAAAAGUAGAUGUUUACAGCUACGGGAUGGUCUUGUUUGAGCUGAUAUCCGGGAGGAGGAACUCAAGCCAAGUGUACCUCAAGGAUGGCGACUUUUCAGAAUUUUUCCCUCUGAAAGUUGCACGCAGGCUUCAUCAGAGUGGAGAGACGAUUGGAAGCCUGGUGGAUGAGAAUUUGCAUGGCGAGGCCAAUCUUGAGGAGGUUGAAAGAAUUUGCAAGGUUGCGUGCUGGUGCAUUCAGGAAAGCGAGCUUGAUCGGCCGGCCAUGGCCGAGGUGGUGCAGUUUCUUGAGGGUCUUUCUAAGGUCGACAUGCCUCCGGUCCCAAGACUGCUCAAUACUAUCGCGGGAGGGUCGCCGGCGCCGGUGUACUAUCUCGAUUCAGGAGAACUUGUCGUUUCAGACAAGCAAAGUGAAUAG